AACCGGCGAUGAAAACCAGCGGGACUCUCCAUGAGGGCCAGUCCAUCUGCGUGCCUUCCGUCACCGCGCUGUCCGAGCAGCACGUGGAGGGCGAGAGGGACGUGGGGGCCGCGAGUCACAUACCAGCAGAGCGCAUUCCGGAAAUACGCGCGUCACAAUCGGCCAUAGGCCCACGUUGUUUGCCGGAGGUUUGCGAAGUUGCGCCGAUCGCGGAAGAGGUGACUCCAACGGCCAGCAUAAGGGUGAGUCCCCCUGCAGAACUCACCACUGCCUCGCUCGCAGUGGGGCAGACCAGCACAGCGGACUUGGACAUCGGAUCGGCGCUCAGCUCCGGACAUACGAGUCUGUUGGCACCGCCGAGUGGCCAGGAAAUACCUUCCCCGCCUCCAGAGCCUGCAGGCCGAGAUGGUGGUGAUGGCGACUUCGAGGUCCAGCAGGAUGUCGAUGAAGUCGAAGAGGCCGUAGAUAUGACUCCGUCCCGGUCGGCUACUUUUAAAAGUGAGUGCCUGGGGAGCCACCCGCCAACUGGCCAGGAUGACAUGCAGCUCGGCGCCCCUUCAAAGUCCCAAGAGAAACCGUCUGACGUCGACAAAGUUGGUGCUGAAAUUAUGAUUGAAAUUGGAGGCGAAGAGCAGCAGUCUCCGGGUCUGCCUACAGAGGAAGAACGACGAGGUGGUCAAGUUGGCACAGCCAGUGCUGAAACGCCUCUGGAAACGGGAAGUGGCUCUCCGGCGCGUGACUUGCUCGCAGUAGGGGCCGUGCAACAGCAACCCCCUCGAGCGUUGAAGAACGAAUGUAUCCGGGACCCUGGCGGUGCAGUCCCGGCGGUAGGCCCCCAGGACGCGCAGGCUCAGCACCAUCUCAACGUGGACUACCUCAGCGUCGAGCACCCCGUCGUGCGACGUGACACGCCCUUCCCCCCGCUCGGGGUGGUCGGCGGUCCACUGGACGAGAGGAUCAGGUCGUUGACUAUCGACGAGCCUCUCUUGGAGGAGCCCGAGGAGGAGGCUUACCUGCCCGCAGGCGCAACGUCCUUUCGGAUCGACGCGGCCAUAGCGGUGCCCGACGCCGCCGCGGCCUCCUCGGCCGCAGCCACCUCGGCCGCAGCCCCCGCGCCCUCGGACCCCGCCACCGCGGACCCCGCCGCCGCGGACCCCGCCGCCGCGGACCCCGCCGCCUCGGACCCCGCCACCGCGGACCCCGCCGCCUCGGACCCCGCCGCCGCGGACCCCGCCGCCGUGGACCCCGCCGCCGCGGACCCCUCUGAGGCCGCGGAGAUGUUCGGCCCGUCGACUGGUGAAGCCGCCGAUCGCGCCCCUCCACUGAGCGGGCCCACCUUCUGCACGUGCGAGGACGACAGGGUGCCGCGGCGUUCCCAGGCUGCCCGCGCGUCCCUCCCGGGCAGGGAGACGCCCGCAGGACCGCGACCCGGGGACAGGAUGCGGCGGUGCUCCAACUGCGGAGAGGAAUGGAUGUCUGUCCUGUCGGGGCUGGAGGCGGCGUCCAGACGCAGGGCGAUGGUGGCUAGGACCAUGGCGGCGUGCGAGCGGGAGCUGGGCCCUCUCAACGAGGCGCUGAGGCGGCUGCACGAGAAGGUGCGAGCCUUGGACCUGCCGGAGCUGUCGCCCCAAGGCGCUCAGCGCUCCGCGAGCCAGGCGUUCUACCCGGAGGUCCUCAGGAUCGUACAGUCCAGGUCGGCCACCGCGCAGCCCGGCGCCCACCCGAGCGGCCCCGCGUCCGCUGCCCCCGCCGCCUCCGCAGCCCCCGCCGCCGCGACCCCCUGCCCCUACUGCGGCCUCCAGCUGGUACCCGAGGCGGCCCUGUCGCCGCUGGCUCGCAUGUACAUCCUGUUGUCGCAGCGCAAGGGGCCCCCGCUGCCCCCCGAGCCCCCCGAGCCGCCCGACGACCAGCCGGAGCAGUUCUAGACCAGUUCUAGGCGUGUCGUCUUUCAUUCGUGGCCCGCCAAGCGCGGCCGAGCCUCGAAGGCGAGCACUGCACCGGACAAAGUGACCACCCGACUCUUCAUUUGCCUUGCCCGAGGCAAUCCACCCUCUCCCCCGACUCUUUUGCAGCAUCCUGUCGGAUACCAAGCCGUUUUUGUACCCACUCUUUUCGCGUGUUCUGGUCCUAGAACGCGGGAAGGGUUGCUGUGUAGGCCAAGGAGGGCAGGGGGAGACCUGCGCCGACCUGGCCCCCCGCAGAGGGUUGCCGAGGGCGGAGGGUUGGUAGGUUUGCGUGGCGCUA